AUGAGCGAUCAAGAGCUGAAAGCCGGACAUUUGCCCGCACAAAAAGCCGGAGGAAUGCGAGUGCCGACGAGAAAGGCCCGUACACCAUCGGAGACGGAGAACAAGACGCCGUCUUCAGAAAGCAGCGAAGAAAAGGUUGAGGAGGUGAAACUCACCGACAAUAUCCUGUGUGGAACGGGAUUAGCUUCACAGACGAACAAAGACUAUCCACCGGAGGCCAUUCAAAAGUAUCACAACAAGCCGGUCCCACAGCAUCCAAAUAAGCAGAUUCACGCGAAUGCGCCUAAUCAUCAAACCAACAUGCCAGUCUUUCAACCACAGCGAGGAAAC